GCUUCCUGCUCUGCUAUUAGGCAAAUCUCAGCGAGCUGCCUCCGAGCCCAGUGUCCCCACUGGAGGUUGCAGCAGGCCAAAAUUCCCGCCAUUUAUUCAGCGAUUUGCACUUCACCUUGCCACCAGAGCUAAGUCCAAAAUGCCUGUCAGAACUCGAGCCACCUGCCACUGCCAGUGAAUCAUCAUUCAGGACAGACAUCACCGCCGUCGAAACAGCGUGCAGCCGUGACAAGGCCUACAUAACAGAGCUUCUCAUCGCCGCCGGCUUAUACGACGACGAUGACGACGGACCGUCGUCGUCGGCCAAUGCCAGGGUGGACUCGAUGGCGAGGCCGAUGCCCAUCUGCGACGACGUGUUCGAGGACGUCGAGGACAUGUACUACUACCGCGGCGACUACAUCGUCGGCAGCGGCAUGCACGACGAUCGCAGGAUGCUGUUCGACCUUGCUAACGAGGCGUUGCAGAGCCUGGUGGUAGCAGAGAGCUCGAGAGGUGGUUGUGCUUCAUCGCUGCGUCAAUGGGUCGUUGACAGCACGGGAGUGGCGCGAGGGAAGAAGCUGGUAGAUGAUGUGUGGCAGCAGGUGCAAGCUCUGAAGAAGAAUCCCCAGCAGGCGCAGGAAAUGCAGACGAUAGAUGGGAUGGUGGCGUACGAGGUCCGGAGAUCCGUGUGGGCGGAGGUGCUCUAUGAGGACGUUUACGUUGUUGGGAGGAAGAUUGAGCGUGCCAUCUUCGAUGAACUGAUUGAAGACUUUUUUCUGCAUGCGCUGGAGGUUUUCAUAUGAUGAAACCGAGAUAGAUAGCAGCAGAUGACCUGCCAGAUGUAUGUGUGUGUGUGUGUGUGUGUGUGUGAUGGUGAUGAGAUGAGCAGCUUUUCUUAGGAGUGACCGUCCUGUGUCUCUGUUGGAUC